CCCGUCCCCAGACCAGCGUGCCGGCUGCCAGGAGGAGCAGGGGUGAAGGGUAGAGCCUCUGAGUAACGCUGGUAACUGUGUGCUAUACCAGGUAGGCAGACAGGCGGGCAGAGCUGGCAAGGUUGGCACCGCCGGACCUCCUGCCAGGGGUACUGUAGAGCCAGGGGUACAGCAAGGCCUCUCUGCAGCCAAGAGGUGAAGGGUGCAGCCUCUGGCUGAGUAGGGCCAGUCGCAGUGUGCAGUAGCGGGCAGGCCAGGCGGGUGGACAGGGUUGGGCAGGGUUGGCACCGUCGGACCUGCUGGGCCAUGCUGGUGUGGAGGGAGGCUGGAGUGGCGGUGGGCCAGGCUGAAGAUGAGUCCCCAACAUCGGGCGGCAAAUCCCCAUAACACGCCACUACUACCACUGCUGGCAGAGGAGGCGGGCAGCGUGCAUGAGAAAAAGAAAAUGAAGACCAUGCUUCAGAGACGGCGGACUGCCCAGUCUGUCAUUAGCAGAGCCCUCAGCAAGCCCAAAGCUCACAGCAGGUCUGGCGUGAUCUCUGCUGAGCGUCGGCCAUGGAAUGUGAAUCAGCCGGACGCGUCAGUGACCCACGGCUCAUUCUUCGUCAUGGAGGAACACGUCCACCUAAGCAGCGGACCGCAGACGCAGGAACGACACCUCUUCCUCUUCACUGACGUCCUCAUCAUCGCCAAGUCCAAGUCUUCGGCGAGUUUGAAGGUGAAGGCUCAGGUGAGACUGAGCGAGAUGUGGCUUUCCUCCUGUGUGGAGCAGGUCUCCGAGCGCAAGUUCAGCCCCAAAAACUCUUUCGUGAUUGGCUGGCCCACAACCAAUUACGUCGUCACCCUCAGUUCCUCUGAAGCAAAGGAGAAAUGGCUCUCAACUCUGCAAUGGUACAUCAUUCAGUCUAAGCAAAACGAACUCCCAUCUAAAAUCGUCACACGAGUCACUGUGCUGGAUGACAGCGUCAUUACUGCAGCACUUCAACUUGAUAGCAGCACCACUGCCGAUCAUGUCAUCCAGAUGAUCGCUCUUCAGCGAGGCUUAAAAGGUCCCCCCGCCGAGUAUCAGCUCUGGGUGGAAACAGCUGGAGAGGAAGCCCCCUGUGUCCUCAUCGGUCAUGAGUUGCCGUACGCCAUGGUCCUGCACCAGCUGCGCCUGGCCGAGUGCCUGUCGGCCGUGAGGAGCAACCUGCUGACAGCCGAGGGCACCCUGCACCUGGAGCUGGUACCCAGGGAGGUGCUCCUACCACUCUUCACCCUACGCAGCCGCGCCAACGCCACCAGGCAUGCCCACACACAUCACGAUCACUUUUCUCAGAAGAUCAGGCGGAAGAAGUCGCUUAUAGACUGGGCGCUGAGAAGGGGAGGCACGCACGGCCACGGCCACAGCCAGGCCAGCUGCCCCUCGGGGGGCCCCUGCAGCAGUGCCCUGUUUGGGCAGCCGCUCUCCUCCAUCUGCCCCCGGGGGAAUCCACCCCCUCCCGUCCUGGACAUGCUCCUGGUUCUCUAUGAGCAAGGGCCGUCCACUCCGGGCAUCUUCCGACGUUCAGCCAAUGCCAAGAGCUGUCGGGAGCUGAAAGAAAAGCUCAACGCUGGCCUGGCCUACCUGCCUCCCGGAGAGUCUGUCUUUGUCGUCGCAGCUCUACUCACCGACUUCCUGCGAAGCCUGCCAGAUAGCGCCUUGGGCUCUCAUCUCUAUGAGCGUUGGAUGGAAGCGGCACAAAUGGUGGCGACAGAGGAGGACGAGGAGGAUGAAGAUGAGGAGGAUGAGGAUGAGAGGAACGGCAUCAUGGCGAGCUUGGUGUCGGAGCUCCCUGAGGAGAACGCCACUCUGCUGCGCUUCGUCUUCUGGGUGCUGCAUCACAUCCAUCAGCACGCGGAGGAGAACCAGAUGACGGCCUCCAACCUGGCACUCUGCAUCGCCCCCAACAUGCUCUCACCGCCCGCCCCCACCUCCGCCUCCGCCUCCAAUGAGGACGAGGCCGCCGCCAUGAAGAAGGUGGCUGAACUCAUUCAGCUUCUCAUUGAGAACACUCCCUCCAUUUUUGGUGAGGACGUAGGAGGGCUCUUGAUGCAGUGGAAGGCUGUGAGAGAUGAGCAUGCAGCGUCUGUAGCAGCAGAGACCGAGACGUACCUGCAUCCCAACUGGAAGGCUCCUAGUGUGCCCUCGCCCGCCCCUGCUUCUCUCCUGGUGCCCGACCCCUUCCUCAUCCCGCUGGCGGCCCUGGCGCUGCGGGAAGACGGCUGUGGCAGUAGUGGCGGUGGUGGCAUUCUCAUCCCGUCUGUCUCGGCCUCUAGCGUCUCCGUCUGCUCCCUGCCGGCUGCCAUGAUGGGUGACUUCUGGUCCUCGCGUGACCGCUGCGCCUCCGAGCCCACCGUCUGCCCCGUCCCGCCCCCCCACACCUCCGUGGCCCGCCAAUCCAGCUGCGACGCGGCCGUGACGGGCGCCUCCUCCUUCAGCCAAUCGCAGAGCCCUAACACACAGGCUCGUCGCGGCGCUCAGCAGGCCAAGUGGAAGUCGUGGUGGAUGUCGACGAUGGCAGACAGUACCAGCAGCCCGAGGCCUGGAGCUGCUGGUGGUGGUGGAGGUGGUGGUGGUGGUAGUAGUGGGGCGGGGAAGGGGCGCUAUGCCCUGUGGCGGUCCCCACAGACGGCACCACGCUUCAGGCACACCGGCCACCUGCUCCCCCCCUCCAGCCUGCCCUCCACCGCCGCCUCCUCCCUCAGCUCAUUGGACAGCGCCCUGUCACUCACCGUGUCGUCGUCGGAGACGCUCUCCAGCCCCAAUGACGACAGCAGCCCCUCCCUGGCCCGCCCUUUCCUCUUUGGCUCGUCGGCCCGGCUGCGACCUCUGACCCCCGAUGUGCCCAGGAAGUGGCCGGCGGACUGGAGCAUGACCUUCCCCCAGGAGCGGCGCAAGCACAGCAGGUGUGAGGAGGAGGAGGAAGAGAGGUGCGAGGAGGAGGAGGAAGAGGAGGAAGAGGAGGAGGAUGAAGAGCAAGUGAGGAUCGAGAGAGUGGAGAGAGCGGAGAGUGCCCUGAUGAUGGAGCCUCCUCUCACUCCUCCUCACCACCACCCCCACACAGGGUCUGUCGGCUCCCACCUGCCUGAUGUGAGAAUGACAGUCCAGCCAGUUCAAGCCGGCGCCGCUCCGUACGACGAUGGGGAUGGGGAGCAAGUGUCAUUUAUAAUUCAGGGGACGGAGGGGGCAGGUGGCCAGCACCACGGCACCAUCACACCCCUCAGUCACCACGGUCAAGGUCAAGUUCAAGGUCAGGGUCAGGGUCGAGUUCAAGGUCGACCCAGAGAGACUUCGGUGGCUCACAUCAUCCUGAGCAGCCCAACUGCCUCUCUGUCCACACCUACGCCAACACCACCACCACCACAGGCCUGUCCCAGCUUGCCGCCCGAGGUGGAAAGCGUACAGAGGACUAAAAUCACAUUCUAUGCCUCGUCCGCCACUGUGACGGUGAAGGAUCCAUCUCCUGUCACUCGGCCGCUGCCGCCGCUGCCGGGGGCUGGGGUUGACGCUGGGGCUGGAUGGGACGCCGAUGUGGCGGACAUGAACCCGGCGCCAGCCAAUCCCGCCGCCGCCGCCAGCCGCACGGUGCAAGUGCACGUCCCGCAGACCGUCUUCUACGGUCAGAGCGCCCCGCUGGUGCUCCGCUCGGUCUCCACGCGUGUGCCCGUCGCCUCCUCCACCACCACUAGCGGCACGGCCGACGGUGGCACGCAGCAGCGCAACAGCCCCCGCGGCAGCUCCACCGCCACCGCCACCGCGACACAUACGUGCAUCACCCUGCCGGGGGGCAUCAAUGUCUUUCACUCCUGUCACGGGGGCACGGAGGUCGCGGCAGUCAUCAAUGGGUCUGAGAGCACGCAGGGAGCGGUGCAGGCCGGAGAUGAGUACCAAUGCUUAAUUGGCAGCGCAGACGUAGACGUAGACUACACAGGUGCCAAGAGCUGUCCUGGGCAGCCCUCUACAGACUCUGACGUCUGUCAGAGUUCGGCCAAGCUAGAGCAGCCGCCUCAGCAGCGGCAACAGCACCAUCACCACCACUUCACCAGCGGAAUCCGCCACACUAUCCGCAUCAAGCUCCCCGCCGCGGUGCGCAACACCGUGCGAGAUUACUUCAGCCACGGGGAGGCUCAGGACAGGGACGGCAGCGGGAAUAGUGCCAAUGCUCAGUCGGCGGCCGUGGAGAAAGAGCUACUGAUGAACAGAUUACAGUGGCAGAGGAGGGACCCCCAUCGCUGCCCGACGGAGGGCAUCAGCGUUGAGGGACCUGCUGAUUAACACUGAAUACCCGGAGGGGGGUUGUUUUGUUGUGAUAUUGUUUGUGUAGCCUGAUGAAAUAACUCUUAGGCCCUAUUCAUUUGACAAGUUGUCAAAUGACAGUUGUGGUGUUAAAGUGAGUGCGGGGGGGUUAGUUAUUUUGGCCACAGGACCACAUUAGGUGUUUAACAGGAGUGGGCAAUUAUUUUGGCCCAAGGACCACUUUGGAUUUUGAACAGCGGUGUGCAAUUAUUUUGGACCAAUACAAGGGUAUUGGGUUGUGGGCGUGGGCAAUAAUUUUGGAACAAGGGCCACAUUGGAUGGAGAAUAGGGGUCACAUCGGGUUUAAAAUUUUGACCGGAGGUUCUAGAUGUCGCAGGCAACUUGCCAAACAUGUCAAUAGGGACAAAAUAAUGCACGCUGACAUCACCUGGUUAUUUCAUUCCUGCACAUUGUGAUGAAAUGUAUUUAGAUGAACAAGCUUACAGUAGCCUACUGUAUGGACUUGGUUAAUCUCAGACAGGAAAUACUUCUGUCUUGGGUAGCCAUUUUUAAUAAUGUUGGGCGAGAUUGUCAGAAGUUGUUUUUCUCGUAGAGGCUCUGUGCGCCAGAUGAAAUAGAUUUGCGAGCCACAUGUGGCCCCCGGGCCUGAGUUUGCCCACCUGUGCUGUACACUGUAAAAAUCUGAAUUUCCAAGAACCUUCACUUUCCCAUUGUGAAUUCCUCUGAGGAACCUAAAUAAGACAAAUUUGUUCUUAGAAGGACCCCAAUAAUCUCAGAGAGCCCAAGAACCCUAAGGUUCCUUUAGGCUCUUUCCCGCGGCCCGUUUUCUACCCGGUACAGCUUGACACAGCACAACUCGGGAGCCACUUUUUGCUUUUUGAUUGAGUACGACAGAGCUCAACUCAGCACAAAAACCAGCAGGCCGGCGAGCUGAGCGGGUCUUUCGCAGCUUAUUACACAGAAUCCGCGUCAGCUCAUCCUCACCAGUGAAUCAAAAAAUAAUCAUGGCGGCCACCAGAUCAACUCUCUUGGAAUACUCUUUAGUGUGACACUGUGAUAUGAAAAUUGAAGGCAGAAAUCAACAUGGUAGUAUCCAAAUAUGAUGCCGUUGAAACUAUUCAUAGCCUACUUCAAUAGCUGAGAUAUCUGUCCGCCUAUGUAAAGUAAGGCUACGUGACAAUGACAAAGACGUAAGUUCAACCACACUCAGCGUUUGUAAUGGAAACACAAACUGGGCUGGUUUGACAGUGCCACUCAGCACCACUCAGCUCCACACGACAUGGCACAGCCCGUUUGUAUGUGGACAAAUGCCUUUUGAAGAGCCUUCAGAGCACUUUUAGGUUCCAACUAAAGGUUCUUUGACAUUUUUACAGUGCAUUGUACAUUGCCGUGGCAAAAGCAAGACCUCUGCUCCUUCACAUCCGAUGCCUCUCCCCCUGAAUGAAUCAGCCAACAAGAGAGUCAAAUUUUGGCCUUAAUUACGCAUAUGCAUAUUUUUAAUACAGAUUGUUUUGUAUCUGAUUACAUAUAAACACGGCCGCUGGAUAAAAAUAAAAAACAUUGUGAGAGAUGCGGUGUAUCUCCACAAGGACUAUUUUUUAAACCAGAGUUUUAAGAGGAGAUUCCUAAAACUCCAUUGAUGUGUAAACAUUAUGUAAAAGUUUUUUUUUUUUUUUUAUGUACCCAACCUUCAGUUUUACCAGUUUUUAAAAAGAAAUGCACGUUUGUGAAUAAUUUGCAUGUGAUAUUUUUUUAAAAUUUUCACUUGGUUUGUUUGACAAAAACGCAGGGAAUUUUCUCUUAGAGCAGUUGAAACCUUAGUAGAGGUACCGUUUGUGGUGUUACAUAAUUGAAAACAUACAUGUAUCCUACUUAGAAUGUGAGCCCAUGUUUUUGGACGAGUUUCUACCAGUUAUGCUCCACACACUCACACAGCAACCUCUUUGAUUAACCUUUGCUUUACGUAAGACUGUACAAUGAAAAAGUCAUGGCCAAGUUUGAAGUAGGAAGGCGAAACAUGCUUCCAAACAGCCAUUCCAUAAUUUUAAUAACUGUGUCCUUCACAUACAGGGGGAAGAAGAAUUUUCUUUGAAUCUUAUAGGUUAUAGGUUGUCAGUUAUUGAAUAGUGAAAUACAACUCUUUCAACCUGGACUUUUUUUGUAUAGGACCCAUGUUGCUCCUCUAUUCAUUGAGUUACACUGGCUACCGAUCGAUGACAGGAUCAAGCAAAAGGCCUUCGCAGGAACGGCCCCAGUUUAUCUGAAGUGCAACUUAUUUUCCAGCAACUUAUGUUGUUGGAAGAGAACUGCGUUCCUCCAGCACAUGACGUCUGGCUCUGCCAUCUGCUCUAGGUACUCCUAGUCAAGACUGUUCUCUGUUGUUGUUCCCAAGUGGUGGAACGGUCUCCCAGAGGCAGCAAGAUAUCUCUUGCAGCCUUCAAGAAGCAAGUAAAGACUCUCCACUUUCGUGACUAUCUACUACACUAAUGCUUGAGCUGCCCUAGCCCCAGGCCAGACUCUUGACAUGAUGUGUACUGUAUGUGUGUGUGUACUCUACUCUACUUUAAAAAAAACUAACUAACCCUUCUUUGCAUCUGCACUUGUUGUUCUGUAUAUUUCUUGUGCACUUUGUAUCUGCGAGUGAUGCUGGCUAUGAUUAUGUCCUCGUUUGUAAGUCGCUUUGGUUAUAAUGCGUCUGCCAAAUGUAAUGUAAUGUAAUAUAUAAGGAAGUAGGAAUGUUUUUUUUAAGUAUUUUUGGGCGGUUUUCAAAUCUUUAUUUGGACAGUAUAGCAAAGGAUAGGACAAGAGAGAGAGACAGGGAAUGAUUGGCACAUAACCCGAGCCAGAAUCGAACCCGGGUCGCCUGAGUUAUGCAGAUGUUAAUUCACCCAUCAAGACCAAUAUGUAUUUUGAGUGCACUGUUACAUCAGUAAAUAAAUGGGCUAAGACCAAAAAAAGAACAACAUGAUGAAAAGUGAACAUAUUCUUAGUCAUUCCCAUGAAACAUACCACAAGACUACACCAUCAGAUGGAUUUUCCUUUCUACAUCCAUUUGCAUUCAUAAUGAAAUUUCACGAUGCCAUUAAAUGUAAUUAUUUAUUUCACAAGUUUCAAGUACAGUACUCCCAUGUACUUCUUGGGCAAAGAAUCCCAUACAAUUACUCUUCUGUCAGCAACUCCAUAAAAGAAGUGAUGAAUAACACACAGAACAAUGCAAUAAA